GGGCAGUUAACUCUAGACAAGGAAGUUAGACGAGACCAAGUCUGACGCUGAGGUUAAAUUAAAAAUAGACAGAAAAACAGCCGUGACAAUGCCGUACAUGUUGAUAAGCACACAGAUACGACUGGAGAAUGGUCCGACAGUUGUUGGAGAUGAAUGGAGUGACCUCCAGUUAAUGGACUAUCUUGGUGCAUCCUUGUACAAACAGCUUGGAAACAACUUUCUGGAGUACAAGAGCCCUGACCCGCCCCGUGUCGUCCUCAACAAGUUGGAGAAGAAGGGAUUCUCAGUUGUCAGCAUGACAGGCGUAGGGCAAACCUGCAUAUGGACUCUGCACCGACCAGAGGCAUUAGAGGAUGAUAAGAAUAAGAAUCAGGCCAGCUGAGUGGGGACAAGAUGGUCUGAUUGUGUAGGACAACAAGGAAGUCUGUUGUGAGCAACAACAUAGUAUUCAAGCGUAUAUAUGUGUUUUUCGUGGCUGUGAUCUGGAGAACAGUGGUCGAAAUAACAUUUUGCACCGAAAUCAAUAAAAGUAAAUGCUAAAUUCAAGUAUUAUUAUAAUUAUGUGAAAUAAGUUGGGAAUAUUAUUGAGGGGUGGUGGGGUAACCUAGUGGUUAAAGGUUCAAUUGUCACACCAAAAACCCGGGUUCGAUUCCCCACAUGGGUGCAAUGUGUGAAGCCCAUUUCUGGUGUCCCCCGCCGUGAUAUUGCUGGAAUAUUGCUAAAAGUGGAGUAACACCAUACACAAUCAGACACUGGGAAUAUAAUUGCUACCAUGAUGUGAUAGAUGGAUUACUAGUCCAUCUAAAUCUAUCUGGACACAAGAGUCAAGGAGUUAUUUUAAGCACUGUUGAAGGGUGAAGGGUGUAUGUAUCUCUGUGAGUGAUAAUAUUUCCAUGGCUGCAUCUCAUACAGGACAGACAGCGUUAAUGCAGCUCCAAGUCCAAAAUAGGGUUUGCAUGUGGUGCUGUUAACAUAAAUGUUUUGAAAUAAUAUGAAUAUGUCUAGUUUUCUCGUGGACAAUUUUAUUUUGCAAUGAACCUCAAUACAAAUGGGCCUUUACUUAUACUUUACCAGUUUCAUAAUGCUAUACAAUCAAACAAUCAGGACACUUAUUUGUGGUACCACCCUGCAGUGCAUACAAAUUUGAAAACAUUAUUUCUAAUAUUGAUGACUUAUGAUUGGACAAUAACAAUUUGGUAACUGGUUCUUGUUCAUUGCUGUGUCUGUCAUUGUCUAUGUAUUUUUCUAUUUGUUUAUUUCUAUGAGAAACAUUUAGCCUGGAGACAACAUAUAACGACUAUGGACAUGUCAGUUAGGACCUUUCGACAUGUUUGAGAAGAGGGUGAAUUUGGUGUCAAUUUAAAGAAAACAGGUCCUCAGUUUUAACCUUACAUUUGGUCUUGUAAUGAAUUUAUUUAUUUCCAGUAUAUGUAUAUGGUCUCUGAAAGGCAUUUAGAAGUGAAGGAGUAAGCAUACACUCCGAAACGUUGUGUUCCUCAUUAUAAAGAAGUUGACAUCCAUAUAUUCUCUUCCAUUAGUAUAUGUAUAUGUUUUACAGUCAAAUCUUCCAGCAUGUUGCAGCUCAGUUUGUCGUUUCCAGACAUUACAUAGACAAGAUAGUGUUGGUUUACUCAUGUGUCUUAAGUGAGUGAAUGAGUUGGGGUUAAUGCCGCUUUUAACAGUAUUCCAAUUAUAUCACAGCGUGUCAGCUUAAUGUUGGAGGAAAGCCCGAAGUGAUGCAGGUC